CUUCAGUUGCAAUUUUGUAUUCGCGUGGAGUGUUUCGUUUUAGAUUUUCUGUUAAAAAUGAAUUCUAAAUAACGUUUUUGGCAUUGAAGCAAAAAGCUGAUAUUCUCGAUUCUUUCAAAAGAGGCUCAUCUAUGAAGUUCUUAGCAAAGAAAUAUAAUGUUCAACAAUUUGUGGAAUUAAAGCAAAAAAACAAGUGAUUUUAAAGUUCGUGAACAACACAUACUCGGGACCUGGGAAAGAAGAACUCUGCGUCCUUCAGAGCUGCCCAAAAUGGAGAAAGCUCUUUAUCGUUGGUUUAUCAAAAUGCGGAAUAAAAACUGGCCAGUAAGUGCCUUAAUGUUGAAAGAAAAGGCCAAAGUACUGCAUGCACAAGUAAAAUAAAAUGAAUCUAACUUCAACGCUAGUGAUGGAUGGCUUCAAGGAUUUAAAAACAGGUACGGUAUUCGACUGCUGCAAAUAUCAGGCGAAAAACUAUCUUCGCUGCCUCAGCUCGUGGAUCCAUUUAAGGAAAAACUUAGAGCUAAAAUGGCCGAACUGGAGCUGUGUAACGACCAGUUAUAUAAUGCUGAUGAGUCAGGCUUAUUCUGGAAACUUCUGCCAGAAAAAACGUACGUGUCCAGUAUGGAAAAGAGCCCUAGGCGUUAAGUCGGAAAAGCAGCGAAUCACGUUUUUAUGUUGCUCAAACGCCACUGGAUCUCAUAAACUGAAACUUUUGGUAAUUGGAAAGGCAAAGAAUCCACGCUGCUUUAAAAACUUUCAAUGCCCCACAGACUAUAAGAGCUCAAAAUCCGCCUGGAUGACGUCGGCUGUUUUCAAGGAAUGGUUUCAUGAGUCCUUCGUUCCACAGGUAACGUCAUUUUUAAAGGAGAAAGGUUUGCCAAUUAAAGCUCUACUCCUAAUCGACAACGCUCCUUCUCACCCAAAUGAAGCUCAGCUGGCAACGGAGGAUUUUCAAAUUUUGGCAAUGUUUAUGCCACCAAACGUUACUCCCCUCAUCCAACCAAUGGAUCAAAAUGCCAUAAAGAUCACAAAGUUGCAUUACAGAAACAGCCGUUUAGCCUCAAUAGCAGCUACAAACUCCAAUUUACUCGAUUCGAUGAAAAAAAUUACUUUACGAAGAGCUAUAAGUCUUUUGGUUGCCGCUUGAAGUCGUGUCAGCGAAGUUACAUUAGCUAAUUGCUGGAAAAAUAUUUUAAAUUUUACGGCAGAUGAUGAUGUAAAUGUACUAAGACAUCUAAGAGAGAAAGCUGUGCUCCAACUUUUAGAAACACAGAAGAUACAGAAAAAGAUGACUGAUUUUUCCAAAUAAAACCUAGAUUUUGUGUUACGUAAAAAUGUAUAUGUAAUGAAAACAUGAAUAAAAUGU